CAAUAUAUAGUCUGUGACCAAACUGUCUAUAUAACGUAUCCAUAACGUUAUCCAUAACGUAUACAAAAAAUAUGUCUUGACAGGUUUAUUAUUACAUAGUAACGAAUUUGCAUUAUUUUAAAAUCGAAAAAAAAUUAAUUAACCAUGCCGGCAGUAAUCGUCGGUCCUCCUCAACGUAGUGAACAAAUGUGGCGAGCAUUAAAAGCUCAUAUUACAAGAGAAAGACAACGGAAGAAACAAGAACAGGAAGCAGAUGCAGAAGAAGAACGGUUAAGGAAAGAAAGAGAACGGCAACAAAAACAAGAUGUAAUGACUUUAGGUGAAACUAGAGAACAAAUAUCAAAUCUAGAAAAUGAGCUUUCGCAAUUAAAAGAUGAAAAACAUCAAUUAUUCUUGCAACUGAAGAAAGUUUUAAAUGAAGAUGAUAAUAGGAGACGGCAAUUAAUCAAAGAAACAAGUGUAUGUUCUGAAGUUUUAACAGCAGUAGGGGGAUACCCUGGAGCAGGCCCUAGAGUAGUUCAUCCACAAUUGUUUCUUCCUUUACCAAGAAGCAAUAGUCCACUUUACAAAGUAGCUGUAGGUGCACCAACACAUACUUUAUUACCAACUGGGCCAUUAAAGAGGACACAUAGUCCAUCACCACCUCCAACAGCCUCCCCAUAUCAUGCUGGUUAUGGAUACAAACCAACGCCUUCGCUUCCAAACUAUAAUCCUCCACCUUCCAAUGUUUGUACCUGUAUAGAAUCUGAGGAAGCAGCUAGGAGAUCUGGCGAUUCCCGAGCUGUUCUCUGGAACAAAAAUAAUCAGUACUCCGCCUCCAAUUUUUAUUCAGCCCCUACUGGUCAAAGUGUUUAUAGUUAUUCUGCAUCAACAUCGCAACCGUCCCGCGAACCUGAACCGACUAAAUCAGUAUAUCUCUCAGGCAAUAGAGCAACGUUGUCGACACAUCAAUCUGCAUAUGUUACAAGUUUGCAUUCAUUGGACCAUAAAGGUGCCUAUGCAGAAGAUAAAUUUUAUUUAAGGCCAAGUAGUCAUGUUACUGUUCAUGGUGGGGCUAUUCCAAUUCAGCAACCUCCACAGGGUGCUAAAACUGGAGGAAUUACAUCAGGAUAUCCAGUAAGACCACCGCAACCACCGCCAGCUCCAUAUCCACCACCACCACCAGGUACAUAUGUUAGCGCUUCUGGUGCUAAUGUUCCUGGACGAUUGUUAUAUACCCAACCUGGAGCUCGUUAUAUCCAGAGAGAAGUUUAGAGUAUGACUGAUCGCAGAUACUUUUGAGGCAACUCGAGGUAAAUGAUUGUAUUAUUUAUAUGUUUCACAAUCAUCACCAUACAAUAUUAUUGAAAAAUGUUUGAAAAUAGGUGUAUUUAUCAAUUUCAUAAAAAUAUUGUAAAAAGAAGUAUUUUAUAUGUUGUUACCUAAAUGCUAUAGUACGUGUGAAAUGUAUAGUUACAAGAUCUAUAGAUAUAUUGUAGUAGGUGCAACAUUUUUAUUUGUAUAUAUACUUUAUUUUAUAUUAUAAAUGAUUUUGCAGAUUACAGUAAAAAAUAUUCAGUUACACAGCAAAUGAAUAUUAGUCAUAAUUUUGUAAAAUUA